AGGUUGUUGCCGCCGCCGCCGCCUCCCCCAGUCAUGGCUGAUGUGGAGGACGGAGACGAGCUGGGCGUCUCCGCUUCUCACGCGGCUUCCUCCGGCUCCAAGACGGGCGGCGUCGACAAGAUGUUCUCGCUCAAGAAGUGGAACGCUGUGGCCAUGUGGAGCUGGGACGUGGAGUGCGACACCUGCGCCAUCUGCCGGGUGCAGGUCAUGGAUGCCUGUCUUAGAUGUCAAGCUGAAAACAAACAAGAAGAUUGUGUUGUGGUCUGGGGAGAGUGUAAUCAUUCCUUCCACAAUUGCUGCAUGUCACUGUGGGUGAAACAGAACAACCGCUGCCCUCUCUGCCAACAGGACUGGGUGGUUCAAAGAAUAGGCAAAUAAAAGCACUGGCCGUUCUUCUAUCAAACUUGCUUGGAAUGUUAUACAACUGAUGACAUAUUUUCCGUAUGAAAGAAGGGAGCAGUCACAAUGUGGCAAAAUCCAUUUUACAUAUUUAGGCCUAUAGAAUUCUAUGGACCUGGAUUUGAAAUCUUUAUGUUAUAUUCCUGGCCUGUAGGAUCAGUUUACAGAAUCGUUGCAUCAGGAAUAUAGGUGCACAGUAUUUAAGAAUGUAUCUAAAUAGUGUGAACACUGUACGUUUACUUAGGAGUUCUUUGGUGCUUAUGAAACCCACAGUUACCUAUUGUUCAAAGCAAUGAAAUCCCAAUACUUUUCUCAAAACUGAUUCUCAAAUAAAUAGUUGUUGACAGUG